CGCUGUUCGCUGCCCGAAAUCUCGCGAUAAUAAUCACUGCAGUACGGAGUACCAGCCGAGCCAACUAGUGUGCCUUACCCUCUGAGUAAUUACCUAAUUAAGCAAUGGAGUCCAUGGAGCUGCCUCCUUUCCUUUCGAGCGAGCCCAUGCAGGGCGAGCCGCCCUGUCGUUGGGCCGACUUUCUGUCGCCAAAACUUCGCCGUUUCCCCCGCGACGGGCAGCGAGUUCGCUGGGUGAAAUUCCUCGGCCACGGUGCCGAAGGAAUUGUAUGUCGCGUUAGAUUCGGUGAUGACAACCAACAUUUCGCGUUGAAAACGUUCUUCUAUACCGCGCCUCUCCCACUCUCCGCCUCCGACCGCUACGGCCUUGGGAUGUGGUCCCUGGAGGGCGAGGCGCGGAUGGUGGCCAGCCUGGAGCAGGUCUGCAGCGGGCUAAGGCAGGCAUCCCAUUCACCCGUUUUCGUGCCCAAGCAAAGGAUCACUCGACUCGAUGCCCUCUCCUCCCUCUACGCCUGCUCAGACGAGGGCCGGCAGUCGCGCGUCUUCGGCGAUCUCCCGGAAGACCAAAAGGUUUCUCUCUCAGACAUGUUCGCCUCCACCCGUGUCCGGCGCUGCUAUGGAUGGAUUCGUCUUGGCGGGGAGGCCCUGAUGCACCUGAACCGCCUGAUCUCGUGGGACAAGCGGCUCGAGAGAAAGGGAGAGUUGAUUCCCGCAUUCUUUGAGCCCGAGAGGCACUACUACGGCAUUGUGUACGAAUAUAUACCACCAGCGACCCUGGAGGUCGAUGCAGUGCAGCGUCAGAUCGACUUCUUCUACUAUG